AUGGCAGUCCUCUCCGUCAUCCUCGCUCCCCUUCUCGCUGGCAUCUGCAUCGCAAAGCCUCUCGGUACACGAGUAGCAGAUGCGCCGAUUUUCGCUACAGAUUCGGUGGCGACUUUCACGUGGGCUGAUGCUACGCAAACAACCACAGCAACUUUCACUCUCCCGAAGCGUGAAGCAGUUCCAACCUGGCCACGCCGCAUGCAUCACCCGCUCGACAUCGCACGCCUAGCCCAAUCAUCUCCAAAACCCAUCCGUGUCCCACAAGGCGACGAAGAGAAAGACUUGGUUGUGACUCCGAAGCAUCAAGUCGAGCACCCUCCGAUCAAAACGGGAAUUCAUCAUGAGCCCAUCUCCGCGAAAGAAUCCCGUCCCACUUCUCAUGUGCCUGACCCUACGAAGACGUCCACCUCCCCGAAUGCUCCGACGGAGAUUGCCCUUUUGCACGAAGCGGCAAUCCUCCACGAGCGUCAAGAUGUGUCAACAUUCACCUUCACCGGCAUCAGCACCACCGCAACCUUUACCUUCAGCUCUCCAACCGGCACUGGGGCUUUCUCCUCCUUAUUUACCCUCACCGACACGACGGGUCUGCCUUUCCAGAAGGAACGCCGAGAUGCGGCGACGACGGUGACGGCAGCUAUCGAUGGCUUGACCAGGACGUUCACCUUCUCCGAAGCGACAGACUUCCCUUUCACGGCUCUUUCGCUGGAUAAGAGAGUCACGGCUGCACCGACCCCGUCUGCGUAUCCGGUCAAUGCUGUGGAUACUUGUGCGGAUGCUUGCGAUGCGGCGGAUGUGUCUUGCUCCGAGUUGUUGACCUCUUACACAGCGAACACUUUGUGUUCUUCCUGGUUCACGAGCUGCCACAGCUUCUGCUCCCUGGCCUCCGCGACUGCUAUCCCAACUCUAUCUCUGUGA